CGAAGAAAGGCUCGCGUUCCCGAUAGUGUAGCGUCGUGCGGGCGAUGCAUCUUAGUAGAUGAAGUCACCCUAGUUUACUCCAACUUGUUUAGCAAAAUUAUUGAAAGGAGCGUUAUGAACAGGAUAAAUCGAACAGAUUGCUCAGGUACCAAAGGUGUCAAAGAUGCACCACCAGAUGAACUGGUCCGUGACUGGUGGAAUAAAAUGCUGGCAGUGAUCUGUCGUAUGCAAGAUGGGCAGAGGCGAGCUAUAGUUGCUGCCUAUCCGAAUCCGCUUUUGGCCAGUAAAAGAUUCCAAGAGAUGGGUUACACACUUGCUGUUCGAGAAUUGUCCGAGUUGCAAACUGAAGCCGGUCGUCGACUAGGUCCUGUGAUGGCUCAUCGUCUCUUUAUGAUAUUGACGGACGUUUCGGGGUUGGAAAUAGUAGGAUAA